AUCUGCCCAUUGAGACGUAAAGGAAAGCAUAUGCAUUCUGUUUUGGCCUAUGUGAGUCAGUAAGUGUUGCAUACUUACUACAUUAUUUUGGCUUACAUUGUUAAUGUAAUAGUAGCAUCUUCUGAAUGUAUGUGUGAAAAAGGAAUAGGCAGAAAUAUAGCCUGUUUUGACGCCUGGGUGCACAAGCUUGAUCAUUUGUGAGUGAGCUCUGACUGGAAAUGAAACAGGAGUACCAGGAUCUCAUCCUGCAGGCGUGUGGUGCUUCCUCUCUGCGUGUUGGAGCAAAGAUCCAGACUCUGUGGAGCGGUUAUGGAGAGAUAGUCAGGCUGCACCUGGAGGGCUGCGACCGGCCCUCCGUGGUCAUCAAACACGUCAAGUUUCCAGAGGAGGCCGAGCACCCUGGCGGCUGGAACACGGAUCGCUCCCACACACGUAAAGUGAGAUCCUACCAGGUGGAGACUCUCUGGUACCAGAACUAUUCCACCAAUCAAAGCUGUCGGAUUCCUGCCUGCCUGGCUGCCUGUUCCCAUGGAGACGAGAUGCUGAUCGUGCUGGAGGAUCUGGAUGCUGUUGGUUACGAUCAGAGAAGGACCAGCGUGAAGGACAAAGAAAUAAAGGCUUGCCUCAGCUGGCUUGCCCACUUCCAUGCUCUCUUCCUGGGCGUGGCUCCAGAGGGCCUGUGGCCCGUCGGUACCUACUGGCACCUGGAGACCCGGCCAGACGAGCUGGAGGCCAUGGACGACGCCGAGCUCAAAGCAGCAGCUGGAGAUAUCGACCGGAUACUCAACGACUGCCGCUUCAAGACCAUCGUCCACGGAGACGCCAAGUUAGCAAACUUCUGUUUUUCUCAGAGUGGAAAGGAAGUGGCAGCUGUGGACUUUCAGUAUGUUGGUGGUGGCUGUGGGAUGAAAGACGUGGUGUAUUUUUUAGGAAGCUGCAUGGAGGAGAGGGAGUGUGAAAAGAAGGUCCCGGGCCUGCUGGACUUCUAUUUCACAGAACUAAAGCUAUCUGUGAAAAAAGAUGUGGACUUUGCUGCCCUGGAGAAAGAGUGGAGAGAGAUGUUUGCGUUUGCCUGGACAGAUUUUCAUCGUUUUCUACUCGGAUGGAUGCCUGGACACUGGAAAAUCAACCGGUACAGCAAACAGUUGACCAAAGAGGUUCUGGGAAAACUGUAACCAGAAGCAAAAAGACCUUUUAACUCCAGACAAGCAAAGAACUGAGCGUGUGGCUUGAAGGUGCUGUAAGGUGGCCAGUUUGAAUAUGGAAAUCUGCAGUGAAUCCUGUGUGUUGAAUAUAAUUGGAUCUGUACUUAACAUAGAUUUAGUAGUCAAAAAAUACAAAACACCUUUUUGUCUUUUCCAGUAGCAGAAAUUUCUUCUGUGUCCUAAAGUAGAAUAUUAGCUGUAUUAUAAUUAUAACAAAUGUGACCCUAUAGAUGCAUAAAAGGUCGCAAUUGUUGUAUAUAUAAGAAAUGUGACCCCGGUAUUUGGAGCUUGUUGCACAUUUUCAUUAUAGAAACAGUCACACAUUUCGAUAACUGUAAUAAAACAUUUGACUCUAGAGGGUCACAGUUUAUUGUAUCUGUGAUUUUUGAUUGCCUAGGCACAACUUUGGCAGUAAUAGGCCUACAGUAAGAAAUAAUAAUAAUAAUACAGUUUGAUGAAAUACAGUAUGUGGAAAAUAAUAGUUGCUGAAGGUGCUUAAAUUACCACUCAGGUCACAGAAAUUGGUGUAACACCUUUCCUCCCGUCUUAAUACCAUUGUGUAAAGUGAUAGACUUAAAUUAAUUGAACAAAAGACAUAUAUUUGGAAACAUGUUAACAAGUUAUUGUUUUCUAAUGUCACCUAAAGAUAUUUCUAUUCAGUGCUUUACUACUGUGCCACAAUAAUGUCAUUCAUUAAAUCACUUCUUGUAUCUUUAAA